UUCAGACUACUUGAUUAAAAAUGGAAUCCAUGGUUGGAGAAUGGAAGUUGGAACACAGAGAUCAAAAUUUCGGAGAGUUUCUUGAGUGUCGUCAUGUUGGCUGGUUUUUAAGAACAUUAAUGACCAAAUCCUCUGCAGAUGUAGAAUAUAAACUAUCUGAUGAUAAAGGAACAUUUACCAAGAUUACAAAAUCUCUUCUCCACAGUUCCGAGUAUCCUAUGCCAACUCAAGGAGAAUUUUGUCCAUUGAAAACUUUGUCUGGAAAAAAAGAGUUUGGUCGGCUACAGGAAACAAGUGGACAGAAUGUUAUAUUGGAAAUGAAUUAUGUAGAUUCAGGAGACCCCGCUGCAUUAGUAAAACACAAGGUGGUUGACGGGAAAUUGCUUGUAUCUCUACACUGCAAGGAUAUUGUUUGCAACUCCAUCUAUGCUAAGAAAUAAGAACUAAUCUUGCAAGUUAUCAAGUUAACCUAGACUGUAGAAUAGGAGACCAAUAUAUACAUUACAAAUCAUUAAUGAGAUGGGGGAGAGUAAGGUUUAUUACAUCAUUAUCUGAAAUAUCUCAAUUUUUCGCAUGUUAUUUAAUUUUGUUAAAUAUCAGCCAUAGUAUUGUUUUUAUUAAAACCAGUUUUUCCUUGUUUUGAUACGUCACAAAAUAACCCUGGUUGGUAAACAUUAUUUCUAAUUAUUAAUUAAUGUUUAUCAGAUCUGUACAAGUUUCUUUGCCCUGUGAUCUUAGUUAUCUCCCCCCCCCUCCUAUUUAUUUGCAUUAGUAGGCUGUUUUAGUCAAGUCAAGUUAUGUUAAUAAUUAAUGUAUUUUAAAGUGGAAUAAUAAAUUUGCUAAAUAGGU